AUGGAGGUCGCCUUGCUGAUGGCCGGAGCCUCUGUCACUGGAGCCGUCUUCGGCAUCCUUGCAGGACGUGGCUUGAGGCGGGACCGCGACCGGGGCAGUGAGCCUGAAGCGUUGGUCCCUUACAUGGGAGAGCGCCCAGCAAAGGCCCGGCGGCUCACCCGAGCUUCCGAGGUUUCCACGGAACUGCACCGCAUGUUCCUCGAUGUGCGAGAAGCGACCACGCAAAUUGCACAGGAGAUGAUCACGUUGAGACAGGAUCUUCAGCUUUGUCGCUGCGCCCAGCUUCAAAGCUGCAAGCAGCUCCGUAUGGGUCAGCUGGACACGAAAGAGGUGUGGGUCGUCCGCAUCAACGCAUGUCACCGGCUCGGAGAUGGCUGGCUUCAGAGUUCCUGCAACGAGUCUGCACUUGCCCGCGGAGAGGCCCUGUGGUUACAUUUAAGCAACCACGACUGGCAGCCAACUCCUUCGUCCAGCAGCAAUACAUUCCCACAAAUCGAAUUGGAUCUGGUCGCCGGCCGAGUGGCAGUGAUGGCGCCCCCAGCAAGUUACAACGACAAGACCUUCGCGGAUGUGCCAAAGAAGGACUUGGCUCUAACAUGCCUGGCAACAGCUCGCUUUGCCAUUCACCUGGACACGAAGCCGGGAGUCGGAUUCAUUCUGUGUUUGUGGGCAUUCUUCAUUCUGAAUCGAGCACUUCAUCCCUUGGUCAUCGACCUCUCCAAGGUUCCCAUCGUGCCCGUCGAUGACACCCAGGCCGAAUAUCCUGUAGGCACGCGGGUGUGUCUGCGAGGAACCGGCAAGUAUUACAAGCCCUGGAAUCACUUCUAUGCCGAUGUCGUAGAUACCUCAGGAGAUACGACAAAGGUGAAAUACAUCGACGGCGGCUACAAGCGCUUCAGCAAGAGACAGUUCAAGAAGUUGUUGAUCCGAGUGCCAAAGGCAGAAGCUGGCAAGUACGAGGUCGGGAUGCGGGUCCUACUGCACGGCACUGGCAAGUGGUCACAAGGACAGAAGUUUCAUGCGGACAUCGUGGACGUGUCUCGUGAUACAGUGAAGGUGCGCUUCACUGACGGAUCCUACAAGCGCUAUGGCAAGGAUGAGUUCGACGAAGCAUUUGCUACCAAUUCGGCUGACAAGGGCCAGGUGGCCAAAGAGCUCCCCUACAGGAAGAUGACCCCUGUCAUCGCGAAGUCGUUCAUCUGCAUUUUCAUCUUCAACCUCCUGUCGCUUCGGGAUCCGAGGGGAUGGAAGGUGGGGCUCAUCAGCUGCUAUACAGGCCCCUCCAUGAAGAUGUACUCCUACAUCGGCCUCCUGUAUGCGGUUGGGGAUUGGUUGGAGAUGAAGUCGAUGGGCUCUAUGGAUGGGGCGGCAUACCAGGUCCUCCUUCAGUCCAAGCUGAUCAUCACAGCGCUUAUUCUGUGGGCCAUCAAAGGCGACAAGGCGAAGCAGUCCAAGACGCAGUGGUCCACGCUGACAACACUGACGAUUGGUAUGAUCAUCUUCAUGGUUGCCGAGUCUGGCGCUUCCAAAGGCGCUCCGAAGCAGAGGCAGGCUGCUGGUUUCCUCGGGACUUUCUUCGUCUUGAUGAAGGUCCUGAUCUCCUGCUACGGCGCCGUCGUGACGGACAAGGAGCUAAAGCAGUACAAGGACUUACCACUCUAUGUCCAGCUGAACCAGAUGUUCUUUUCUUGGGGUGUGUUCUCGCUGAUUUUGGCUGCUAUGUUCGAACCGAGAGUUCUCAUUUCGUCCUCUGCAUUCUUCCACGGGUGGAAUGCAGCAACAUGGCUAGUCGUGCUGUCUUUUUCGGUGAAGACCGUCCUGACCAUGACGCUUCUCAAGGUUCUGGACUCUAUCAUGAAAACUAUCGGGGAGGCGGUGGCUGUUCUGGUCAUCUAUGCUUUCCAAGUUUUCUUGCCCUUCUUCGGCAAGGAGUUUGAGAUUCAAACCUUUCUGGCGAUGCUGGCAGUGGUGAUGACGGUAACCACCUACAUGUUCCUCAAGGAAGACAAGCCGAAAGAGAUCGAAGCCAAGGCCAAAAGCGAAGUCUGA